GGAACUCUUCUCUCUCAUCUCUUCCCAUUGUACCCCUCUCAAAAUCCUCCAACGGACACAAAUACAAAAACCAAAGGGAAUAAUUUGAGAGAGAGAGAGAGAGAGAGAGAGAGGGCUUCUUCUUUGUUCUCACUGCCCUCAAGUGAUGCUAAUCUUGGUCGCAAUCAAAGGCUCAACAUCUGCUCAUCAGCUGAAAAUAAUGAUGCCCCAGCUUCCACAUUAGUCAAUCCCCUUUUUUUCCGGAAGAAAAAAAUAUUCAAAAAAAAAAAAUAAAUAAAGGGUCUUUAGUUUCAGAGGAAGGAGCCAUGCCGGCGCGAGUUAGCGCGAGCCGGGGCCUCCUGGCACUCCUGAUGCUGGUCUCCUGCUUUAUCCGUGCGCCUCCGCCGGAGUUCGCCACCGUCUCGAGCAGCGGCUCGGCGGUUAAGCACCUCAAGCGCUUGAACAAGCCUGCUCUCAAGUCCAUUAAGAGCCCAGAUGGAGAUAUCAUAGACUGUGUUCAUGUCUCUCAUCAACCAGCUUUUGAUCACCCUUUCCUCAAAAACCACACUAUCCAGGCGAGACCAACUUUUCAUCCAGAAGGCCUUUAUGAUGAGAAGAAAGUGGCCUCAGUGAAAGAAACCAAGUCAAUAACUCAGCUGUGGCAUCUCAAUGGCAAGUGCCCUGAGGACACAAUCCCCAUUAGGAGAACCAAGAAGGAUGAUUUGCUGAGAGCUAGCUCAGUGAAAAGGUUUGGCAAGAAGAAGCACAGAGCCAUUCCUACCCCUAGGUCUGCUGAUCCUGACCUCAUCAACCAAAGUGGGCAUCAACAUGCAAUUGCUUAUGUGGAAGGAGAUAAGUACUUUGGAGCAAAAGCUACUAUCAAUGUCUGGGAACCAAAGAUUGAACAAGCAAAUGAGUUCAGCCUUUCUCAGCUGUGGAUUUUGGGGGGUUCAUUUGGGGAGGAUCUCAAUAGCAUUGAAGCUGGUUGGCAGGUUAGUCCAGAUCUGUAUGGGGAUAAUCACACUAGGCUCUUCACCUACUGGACUAGUGAUGCAUAUCAAGCAACAGGCUGCUACAAUUUGCUGUGCUCAGGGUUUAUUCAGAUCAACAGUGAGGUAGCAAUGGGGGCAAGCAUAUUUCCAAUCUCAGGCUAUGGUGGCUCACAAUAUGAUAUCAAGAUUCUUGUCUGGAAGGACCCUAAAGAGGGGCAUUGGUGGAUGCAAUUUGGAGACGACUAUGUAUUGGGCUAUUGGCCUUCCUUCCUCUUCUCCUACUUAGCUGACAGCGCUUCAAUGAUAGAAUGGGGAGGAGAAGUCGUAAACUCCGAACCCGACGGCCAACACACCUCCACGCAAAUGGGCAGUGGCCAUUUCCCUGAAGAGGGCUUUGGCAAAUCUAGCUACUUCAGAAACAUUCAAGUUGUUGAUGAAUCCAACAACCUAAGAGCCCCUAAAGGAGUUGGCACCUUCACUGAGCAAUCCAACUGCUACGACGUCCAAAAUGGCAACAAUGAUGACUGGGGGAGCUAUUUCUACUUCGGUGGCCCUGGGAAAAGCUCUAAUUGCCCAUAAAAACAAUAACCCAUCUCCUUGUAACAUCUCAAUAUAAGUUUAAGGCUUGAGUUUUUUUUGAGUCCUCUCUUAUUUUUGUUUGUUUUUUUCACUUUGGUCUCCCCUAGAGAGGGUGGAGAGAAGGUCAAGUUUCUUAAGAGAAACAGUCCUUUGGUUAUUUGUUCUAUGUACUUUGAUGUCUAAUGUUCUAUUCUUGAGUGUCUCCUUGUUAAUUAAUCAAUGGAUGAAAUGAAUUGUUAAGUAAAUCUAACAUGAA